AUGCAGCGAUUCGGAAUUUUCCUGGUGCUCCUAGCCCUGACAACCAUCGCAUUUUGCGACCACCAUAAGAUCGUCCUAAAGAGCCUUCAAAGGGCUAGUAGAGAAUGUACCCUAUAUGGUACUACGGACCAAUGUCUUGCUCGUUGCACAACGUUGAUCACUCGGGACUGGAACGACACAGUUGGAAUUCUUUCAGUUUACGACCGUUUCUAUAAACCGGAUCCUAGCGAUCGAUGCAACAGCAACCGUACCCAGAGAUGUCUGCAUGCUCAAGAGUUGACGGCUACUCCGGACAGGGUGUGCCUUCGAGCGUCUGAGGCCGUGCAGUGCUACCUGGAUCAGUUCGGUCAGGUGAUCCAGGAUGAGCCAAAGUUCGUACGCACUACCGCUUUGCAAAAACAGCAGAUCAUUAAGGAUUGUGGAGCCAUGCUCGGUCACUCAGAGGAACGGAUGCAGGAGCUGUUGGCGGAUUCCGAGUAUCUCCUACAGGAAACACGAUGCCUGUUCCGGUGCUAUCAGAUCAGAAGUGGAAUGUACAACGACGUGCAAGGGCUUAACAUGGAGCGGUUCUACGUUGCGUGCGGUGGAUAUGAAGAUGAUUUCAAUCAAAGUGCGGCACAAUGUAUAGCCGACGUGCGGAAUGUAGUUCCCUGUGACAAGUGUACGCUGGCCCAAAGGAUGACCAUGGAAUGCAUUGGAAAUCGAUACGAUCAAACGAUAACCAAUGGGGAUAGUACAAACAGGGCAACGGACAAUGGUAAAAUUAUUGUGAUUAAUCAGGCUAAUCAAAAUGUAGAUUAUGUCAACAACACGCUGAACUUUGGUUAA